AUGCAAGGUGUGAGCCAGGUGUGCGGGGGACGACUCCAGACUCCCAGCAUCAGCACCGGGCCUGACAUCACCGCCCGCGCUGACAUCACGCCCGCCGCCCCUGCGCGGUGCACCCGCGGCCCCUCCCGCUCCCCGCGCCUCCUUUCCGGCCUCCGCCUAACACCCGACCCGGGACCCCAGCAGGGCCGCAUCACCCCUCACCUGUCCCCAUCAACCUCACCUGUCGCCAAAACCCUCAUCGUCCCACUCCCGGGAUGUCCCUGUCACGCCUUCCUGACCCCAUCAGCCGCACCUGAGUCCUCACUCCAGCCUCCUGAGCAGGUUGGUGAUGGUAGCCAGGACUUGAAGAUCCUGGAGAACUGCCUGGCUCCGAAUUCUUUUUGUGGUGGAACAGUAAGUUCUAGACAAGCCCAGAAGCAAACUCAGGAAGCAGGCUCCACCCCCGAGGUUACCAUGGAUCCAGAACCCGUAGAACUUGAGGAAAUAGCUGGAGAUGAAACUGUGGACCUUACGUGGGAAUCAUUAGAGCCUGUGGUCAUCGACCUGACUCACGAUGACUCUGUCAUGGUUGUUGAAGAGAGAAGGCAGCCAAGGAAAAUGAUGAGGAACCAGCACGGGCACCACGCGGAGCUGUCCAGGGACAGGGAUGCGUAUGUCACCACACAUGCUCCCCGAAGUGCCGGGGACGAGGGUGCUACAGGACUGAGGCCCUCCGACAUUGUCAGCUGUCCCAUCUGCAUGGAUGGAUACUCAGAGAUUGUGCAGAACGGACGUCUCACUGUCUCUACAGAGUGUGGCCAUAUCUCCUGUACCCAGUGCCUCCGGAACUCCCUAAAGAAUCCUAACACUUGCCUGUCUUGUAGGAAGAAGAUCAGCCACAAACGGCACCACCCCACUUAUAGAUAA